AUGAACGGCGACAGCUACUCUUCCCGAGACGGGCGCAGGGGAGGCCGAGACUAUCCUCCCAGAGGUGACAGGGAAGAUCGUCGAGACCGACACCGCGACCGCGACCGCAGACGAUCUCGUUCGCCUGACCACCGAAGCCAUCGACGAGGUGAAGGCGACGCCGAUGCUUACUCUUCAAGCCGAAAUCACCGUGAUCGUGAGCGCGAGGAUAGAUACUCGGGCCGCGGUGAAAGACGGGGCGGCGAGCGUGGUGGUGAUCGUGGUGAUCGUGGCGAGCGUGGUGAACGUGGUGCUGAGCGCGGCGCUGAGCGCGGCGCCGAACGUGGUGCUGAACGUGGUGCUGAGCGAGGUGCUGAACGUGGCGGCGAACGUGAAUGGGACCGCGAUCGGGGAUCAUCCCGCCGAGACGCUCGACGCGACGACGAUGAGCGACCCAGCAGGCGAGAACGAGACCCGUACGAUGACCGCCGCCGCGGAGGUGGAGGCGGAGGUGGAGGCGGAGGCAGAGACCGUCGUGAGGAUAGAUUCCCGGCGCAUCAAGAACGUCGCAGCGCCAGUCCGCCCCCCAAGAAGCGAGAGCCAACCCCAGAUCUUACGAAUAUCGUAUCUGUCAUCGACCGCAAGCGUCGCUUGACACAGUGGGACAUAAAGCCUCCGGGCUAUGAAAAUGUCACAGCUGAACAGGCCAAGCUAUCCGGCAUGUUCCCUCUUCCCGGAGCUCCUCGACAACAGCCAAUGGACCCCAGCAAACUCCAGGCUUUUAUGAACCAGCCUGGCGGACAGGUGACUAGUGCUGGACUCAAGGCAAACAACUCUCGCCAGUCGAAGAGACUUUUGGUUUCCAAGAUCCCGUCAGGAACGACCGAGGAGGCCCUCAUGUCAUUCUUCAACCUUCAACUCAACGGAUUGAACGUUAUUGAUACCACAGACCCCUGCGUUCUGUGCCAGUUCUCUAACGAUCGAUCGUUCGCAGUUAUCGAGUUCAAGGAUGCCCCAGAAACGACGGUGGCCUUGGCGCUGGAUGGCAUUUCCAUGGAAGCCAGCGACGCUGCGAAUGGCACGGACGGAGGACACCGCGGCCUUGAAAUUCGCCGACCUCGCGACUAUGUGGUGCCCGCAAUUACCGAGGAAGUUGCCUACGACCCCGAGGUCGUCUCUAACAUUGUUCCGGAUACCGUUAAUAAGCUGAGCAUUACCAACAUCCCAACCUUCUUGACAGAAGAGCAAAUUAUCGAGCUGCUCGCAAGCUUUGGUAAGCCCAAGGCUUUUGUCUUGGUCAAGGAUAGAGGAACAGAAGAGUCCAGAUCGCAGGGUAUUGCUUUUGCCGAAUAUCAAGAUCCUACUGUUUCCAAUCCAACAGCGCUUGACACUCUUAACGGCAUGGAUAUUGGUGGCAAGAAGAUCAAGGUCAGCAAAGCAAGCAUCGGUCACACACAAGUAGCAAACUUCGACGUGGGCAUCACCGCCAUUAGCGGUCUUGCUUCUCAGACCGCCAACGAAGUCGAAAGCAGCCGAGUGCUUCAGCUUCUCAACAUGGUCACUGCCGAGGAACUUUUGGACAACGAUGACUAUGAGGAAAUCUGCGAAGACGUCCGGGAAGAAUGCUCCAAGUACGGCAAAAUCCUUGAUGUCAAGGUCCCAAGACCUACUGGUGGCAGCAGACAAUCUGCUGGUGUGGGCAAGAUCUUUGUCAAAUACGAGAACACUGAGGAUACAACAAAGGCUCUGCAGGCUCUUGCAGGACGCAAGUUUGCUGACAGAACUGUUGUGACAACAUAUUUCCCAGAGGAAAACUUCGAUGUCGGCGCGUGGUAA